UAAGGAAGAAAAUGUGAGUAUGGAUGUAGCAUCACUUGUCCCCAUCGAACCAAUCCAACUCACCACCUCUUGUUAACUUUUUCUCGCCCUCCAUUUCGAUUCCAGGUCAGUUUUCAAUUAUCAACCGUUCUCCUUUUCCCGAGUAAGGAGCCCGGUCUCCACCCCCGCGUGAAAAAUCAUUCCUUAAAAGUCAAGCAAGAGUAGAACCCACCACCUUCCUCUCGGACCCAUUCUUGCGUUUGCUCAGAUUCCCUCAAGAAUUGUUUGCUUUGGCCGUUUUGACGCUGAAUUCCAUGCAAACCCGCAUGAAUUCAUCUAUAUACCCUAUGAUACGUGAUGAUUGAAAAUUUCAGCAUGGAACCGUUUGGGAAGCUGGGCGUGGACCUUUCGCCGUUGGAGCUCCGGGAGACAGCCUACGAGAUCCUUGUCGGAGCCUGCCGGAGCACCGGCUCUGGAAGGCGUCUCACUUAUGUUUCCAAUUCCAGCUCAAAGGAGAAGUCUCAGCAGCCACCUUCUUCGCCGUUGCCGCAUAGGUCUAUUAGGACGUCGGCUGCGAGCAAGGUGAAGAAGGCCCUGGGUCUCAAUCCGGAAACGAAGAAAAGCGAGGAGAACAAUUCGGGCGAACCGGGGGCUGGGGUUCAUGGAAACGCCGAGAGAAAGAGGGGCGGGUUUACUGUCGGAGAGCUGAUGAGGGUUCAGAUGAGGGUUUCUGAGCAGACCGAUUCGAGGGUCCGGCGAGGCUUGUUGAGAGUGGCUGCGGGUCAGCAGCUUGGAAGACGAACCGAGUCGAUGGUUCUGCCAUUGGAGCUAUUGCAUCAUUUCAGGUCAUCGGACUUUACAAGCCGGGAAGAAUAUGAGGCAUGGCAGAGAAAAACCUUGAAAAUCUUUGAAGCAGGGCUCCUUGUUCACCCAUACUUGCCUCAUGAUAAAUCAGAAACGGACGCUCAACGCCUUCAGCAGAUACUACAGACGGCCUCAGAGAAACCCAUUGAAACAGGAAAGUUUAGUGAAUCAAUGCAUAUUCUCAGCGAUGUUGUAACUUCUCUUGCCUGCAGAUCAUUUGAUGGUUCUGUCUCGAGUAUAUGCCACUGGGCAGAUGGAAUUCCUCUAAAUCUCCAUCUUUACCGGAUACUUUUGGAAGCGUGCUUUGAUCUAAAUGAUGAAACAUCUCUUAUCGAAGAAGUGGAUGAGGUAUUAGAACAAGUAAAGAAGGCCUGGUCAAUUCUUGGUAUAAACCAAGAAUUUCAUAAUCUUUGUUUUUUGUGGGUUUUAUUCCACCAAUACGUUGCUACUGGUGAAAUUGAAGAUGACCUUCUUCUUGCUGCUGAUCGUAUGAUGGUAGAAGUGGAAAAGGACGCAAACUCAACUCAUGAUCCUGAAUAUUCCAAGAUCUUAAAUUCAACGUUAAGUCUGAUGUUAGAUUGGGCAGAAAAAAGGCUCCGUCAAUACCAUGACAUUUUUUAUAGGGGCAAUAUAGAAUUAAUGCAAAGUGUUUUAUCACUUGGGGCAUCAGCAGCCAAAAUAUUGGACGUAUCUCAUGAAUAUGGUAAGAAGAGGAAUGAACUGGAUGUGACAUGUAGCAGGGUUGAUGCUUACAUCAGGUCAUCGGUGCGCAGUGCUUUCUCUCAGGAAAGAGAGAUGGUCAUCUCAGGCAGGAAGUCUUCUAGGAAACAGCAAAGUCCUCUCCCUGCCCUUUCCAUCCUUGCCCAAAAUACUCUUGACCUGGCAUUCAAUGAAAAGGAAAUAUAUAGCCCUAUAUUGAAAAGAUGGCACCCUCUUGCCACGGGUGUAGCUGUUGCUACUCUUCAUGCUUGCUAUGCGAUUGAGCUACAGAAAUUUGUUUCCAGCAUAAGUGAAUUAAAUCCUGAAGCUAUACAAGUGCUGCUAGCCGCUGAAAAACUUGAAAAGGAGCUCGUGGAAAUGGCAGUUGCAGAUUUAGUGGAGAGUGAAGAUGGGGGCAAGGCAAUAAUUCAGGAGAUGGCUCCUUAUGAAGCUGAGGCUGUGAUGAACAACUUGGUUAAAUCCUGGAUUUUGACUAGAGUUGACAGACUCAGCGAAUGGGUUGACAGAAAUUUGCAACUAGAGGACUGGAAUCCUCAAGUAAAUAAAGGGCGUUUUGCAUCCUCUGCUGUGGAAGUUCUACGUAUCAUAGAUGAGACUUUGGAAGCAUUCUUUUUGUUACCAAUACCAAUGCAUCCAGUUUUGCUUCCUGAGUUGAUGGGUGGUCUGGACAAAUGCCUUCGGAAUUACAUCGUCAAGGCAAAAUCUGGCUGCGGAUCUCGAUUAACCUUUACUCCAACACUCCCUCCGCCAACCAGAUGCACUACCAGUUCAAAGUUUGGUGCAUUUAAAGUGAAAGAUCGGUUAUUUAUGGGUCCAGGUAGGAAAUCCCAGGUCUACAGCAGAAAUGGGGACGAUUCCUUUAGUGUACCACGACUAUGUCUCCGCAUUAAUACUUUAUACAACAUUCGGAAAGAGUUGGAAGCUCUAGAACAAAGGACAAUGGUGAAUCUGAGGAACAGUGGAUUUCCUGAUGAUCAAAAUGUGGCAAAUGGAAAACUUGCGCUUUCAAUAGCUUCAUGCACAGAAGGGAUCUUGCAGAUCUCCGAGGCAACAGCAUACAAAAUUGUAUUUCAUGAUCUGGGUCAUGUCUUUGGGGACUACCUGUACAUUGGGGACAUUUCUUCAUCCAGAAUAGAACCUUUCCUUCAGGAGCUGGAGCAGAACUUAGAAGUAAUAUCUUUAACAGUUCACGACAGGGUCCGAACCCGUGUAAUUACUGAUGUAAUGAAAGCGUCUUUCGAAGGUUUUUUGUUGGUUUUGCUUGGUGGUGGGCACUCUCGUGCCUUCACUCAGCAUGAUGCUUCAAUAAUGGAGGAGGACUUCAAGUUUCUUGCUGAUCUCUUCUGGUCCGAUGGGGAUGGUUUGCCAGCUGAUUUGAUUGACAAGUUAUCGCAUAGUGUAACAAGUCUGUUUUCUCUACUUCAAGCUGAUACCGGGAGCCUAAUUGAGCAAUUGAAACGUGCCACUCCAGAUAGCAACGGAACUUCAGCAAAAUUGAGGCUACCAUUGCCGCCAGUAACUGGUCAGUGGAGGCCAACUGACCCAAGCACAAUCCUUCGUGUUUUAUGUAAUCGGAAUGACAAGAUGGCAUCGAAAUUUUUGAAGAAAACAUAUGACCUGACGAAGAGAAGCAAGCACAAUCCGUCAUAUGAUGCUCCUCUGAGUUGAAGUUUUCUGGAAAGCACUGGACGUCUGCCAUUAGCCAUUUCAUUUUAAGAUGACAGAAUUUUUGGCAAAUCGGGAGCCAAGAAUUGCAUAUGCAGCAAGGAUGACGGAACUGUGAAUUUUCAGCAUACAGCCGAUCGGCUGCCAUCGCUGCUGGUUCAUCUAUUUACCAACCUUUGUGAGCUGAAAUAAAGUCAUCAUAAAAGGGUCUUGAAGCAGUACAAGGAUACCUUCUGCUGCUUUCUAAUUUGAUUUUCCUUGGGAUUUUGAGGCUGCUAAUUUAUGAUUGUGGGUUGCGGGGUUUGUAUAUACUUGUGCAGGCUGUAAAAAUGAAUAGCAAAAGUUGAAUGACUUGGCUGCAGUUUUGGUGCCUGUCCUGAUGCUUAGCUGUAUUAACCAUCUUUGGGUUCCCCCUACAAAUAAAAGAAUAAAAGGGAUCAAUAAUCUAAAA